AACACUCGCUCAAAGACAAUUAUUCGCCUCAAUGGUAUGAAAGAAAAGGGGUCUGCCGAUCAGUCGCAGGACAGAGAAAAACUGAACGACAUAUUGUUCCAAUGGAACGUUUGAUGGGGGUCCUCGGCGGCCAGUGGUGGCGCCUUCUGACAGUGUGUUUGCUGCUGCUCGCCAGCGCUUCAUCCUACUCCAUACCCAGUCUCGAGGCGCUGAACACCGAAGGCAUAGGGGGCGGCAAGGCUCCCGGGCACCUGGGCGAGAUAAACCGUGAAUGCUGGGACGCGUCGUCAAUAGCGGUUAUACAAGGGCGCAAAUUGCGCAUCGCCGACUCGGUUGCAGGGCUCUGGGACUUCAUGACAUACUUGAGCGGGUCAAAUCAACCAACAAAACAAGACAUGUUCAUGGAGCUCGCGCAGGUGUUUUGGGAAAAGUAUGUGGACUGCGUGCUGGCACGCGCGCACGGACUGGGCAGAAGGGCGAGGGCGUCCAGGCAAGAGAUCAUCAAAGUGUUGACUUACCAUUCGGAAGGGAUGGACAUCUAGUUUAGCUUGUGUCCGAGUUUUUGUCAGUCGAGAUGUAAAGAUUGUAUUUCAAUAUUUCUUUGUGAAGGCAUCUUCUCUCAAAC